UCGACUGUUUCCAUGUGUUGGCAAACAGUUCCAUAGAAUCCAGCUCCUGGGAACCAGCCAGCAGCAUGCAGUGAGAUUGCAUCAUCGGCCCCUGGAACCAGACAUAUCAGGGGCAGAACUCCGAGGACCCUGCUCACAUCACAGCCAUGAGAGGCACCAGCAUCAGAGAGGCUGCGCCCAAGACCCUGUUGGCCAGGGCACUCUACGACAACCAUGCUGAUUGCUCCGACGAGCUUGCUUUCUCCAGAGGGGACAUCCUGACCAUCGUGGAACAAAAUGUGCCAGAAAGUGAGGGCUGGUGGAGAUGUCUGCUCCACGGGAGGCAAGGCCUGGCUCCAGCCAACCGCCUCCAAGUCCUCAGAGAGACCCCUGCAGACAGACCCUGUCCCCUGCUCCUGAGAGGCCCGGACACAGAUCUCACCAGCUCUGGGGCGCCUUCCCAGGUGCAGGACUUCAUCUCCCCGCCACCCCAGGGACCUGUGUAUGAACCAAUGAGGAGCUGGGUGGAGGGGCCACCACCAGCAACUGCCCAAGUCUAUGAAUUGCCUGAGUCACCUUCCAGUGCCAGGAUCAUCUGUGAAAAGACGCUGAGCUUCCCCAAGCAGGCCCUCUCUGUGCUUCCCAGACCGACGAGGGCCUCGUUGCCGACACUUCCUUCCCAGGUGUAUGACGUGCCUGUCCAGAGGCAGGUCUUCUCAACCCUUGAGAGGCUGGAGAAGCAGCAGUUCUAUGACAUACCCACUAGCUCCCAGAAGGCUCUGCUCCACUCCUCCACCAGCCAGGCAAGUGGAUGGGGUGUUACAUUGGCACCAACAAUGGCCUUCAGACAAGGUAGUGGCUAUAAACCGUUAUCUAGCCCUCAGAAGUCAGAACGGAUUCAUGACACUCCAGUGUUGCUGGAAAAGGCCGACGUCAGAAAUGUGUCUAUGACCGGCUUCACCAAAGACUCAGGUUCCAGAGCCACUCCAGGCUCCUCUGCUGUCCACACUGGAACUGUGGCCCUCUCCCCACAGCUGGGGAACACUGUGCAGAGAAAAAACAGCCUCCCAGAAGAACCUACCUAUGCCUUCCCGACGUCCAGGGACCCACUGCCCUCUGAUGCAGGUGGUAGCUACAAGGUCCCUUCCAGGUUUCUCAUUCCCAGAGUGGAGCAACAGAACACCAUGCCUAACAUUUACGACACCCCUAAAGCCAUGCAGGAUGUGUCUCUGGCUGGAAAGGAGCUGGAGAGAGGCAAAGAGGCUCCAGAAAACUCCCCCUGGAUCUCCAGACAGACAAAUUUCCUGUCUCCUGACUCGGACCGAUUAUCUGUUGCCAGCUCAGACAGCAGGGCUAGUGUGGUGUCUUCCUGCUCCUCCAUAUCCAUGGACUCCUCCUCUGGCUCCUCCUCAGAGGACUCCAUCAAGGAGCUAUGGAUGGACGUGGACUUUGCAAAGGAGGCAGCAGUGUCUCUGCAACACAAAGUGGCCAGCUCGGCAGCGGGCCUGCUGCUCUUUGUAAGCAGGACUUGGAGGUUCAAAGACUCCUUGGAAACCAACAUCCACAGAAUCCGCAGGGCCGCUGACCACGUAGAGGAAUCUGUAAGAGAAUUUUUGGAUUUUGCCCAAGGAGUUGGUGGGACCGCUUGCAAUCUCACAGACAGCUACCUUCAGGCUAGAAUUAGAGAUCAGCUCCAGACAAUCUCUAGCUCCUACCAGACACUGCUGGAUGCCAAGGGAAGCUUGGACCGCUGCAAUUGGUCCCUGGAAGUUCUUGUAACAGACAAAGCCCAAAACAGCCUGGAUGACCUGGAGAGGUUUGUCGCCGCUGCACGAAUAGUUCCAGAAGACAUCAAGAGGUUUACCUCCAUCGUCAUCGCCAAUGGGAAGCUCCUUUUUAAACAGAACUGUGAGAAAGGAGAGAUGGACUUGAAGUGUGAGAGAUGCAUCCGGCCUCCCCAAAGAGAAACUGAGUCCUACCAAGAGAGCAGCCCCUUCGACAGACAACCGACAACUGAACACUCCUUUGAACUAGCAAAGAAAAACAGAGUGAAUGUCUGUUGGCAGAAGUCACCUAACCUACAAGAGAAAGGAAAGCCCACCAUUGAAGGAAAGUCAAACGGAAACCCAGAUUUCCAUGGCAUGAGUCCUACCCCUCUUAGCUCUCCAUCUCCCAGUGGGCAGAACACAGAGAGGAAGAUCCACCUGUCUAAGCAUAGCAGACUCUAUUUCGGAGCACUCUUCAAAGCCAUCAGUGUCUUUGCAAGCAGCCUCAGCCAUGGCCAGCCCCCCGAGGUCUUCAUCACUCAGAGCAAGCUCGUCAUCACAGUUGGACAGAAGCUGGUGGACACGCUGUGCAGUGAGACCCAGGAGAAAGAUGAACGCAAUGAGAUCCUCUGUGGCAGCAGUCACCUGUGCGGACUGCUCAAGGACCUGGCGCUGGCCACCAAAAGUGCAGUGAUCCAGUACCCGAGCCCCAGUGCCCUGAGCCUCCUCCAGUCAGAGGUGGAGAGGCUAGAGCACCACUCUCGGAAAUUCAGAGACACGUUGGAAUGAAGCCUGCGGAGGUCCGCUCCCAGCCAGUUUCAUACCCACCACUCUGUUCCGUGGAAAAGCCAAUCAGAAUGGCUGAAACAGUCGCGGGUGUCAGAGCUGGUGUUAGUAAGUGGCUAAGCCUCCGAAGGCCACGACUGACCACAAGGUCAUGAAAGAGAGGCAGGCAACAAGUCAGGAUCUUGAGAUGCUGAACUCCCUGAGCUGAGGUGUUCAGCAUCAACAGGGGCAGUGGCAUUGUAGGAGCCACGUUUCGUGUCAGUCAAAUGAGUGUGUGGCUUACAGUCACUCUACAUUUGUUAGGCAGCACCUAACGUCAAGGUCAAGGGGCUGAAGAGACAGAAGCGUGUCACAGGCUCUGACCUCACAGAGGCACCAUCUAAUUGGGAAGACAGACAGAGAGACAGAGAACUAUCCGUAGUCUGUUGGCUGCUAGUGAGAAAAGAAACUGGGGAAGAGCAAGAAUGAAGGAGAAAAAAAAAACUACCCCCCCCCCGAAAGGACUGAUUCUUGCUGUACUCAUUAGGAAAGUGCAGGGAUUGGGGUCACACACCUUUAAGUUUAGCACUCAGGAGGCAGAAGCGGAAAGACAGACAGACCUUCAUGAGACCAGACUA